ACAUCAAAAUUUUGUUUUUAUUCUUAACUGUUACAACUUCACACUAUUUAAUAAUGUUUGAUAACUUCUGUCGUGUAUCUCAAGAAUGAUGUCAAAGUAUAGGCUAUGUUUAUAUUUACUUUUGUAAUAUUUUUUAUUUACUCUUUUUGCAAGACAGACAGAUCAUUUAAAAAUUUUGAUAGUUAUAUCAAACAGAAUUUAACUUCUAAUGCGAGUUUGAUCAUGAAUAAUCAACCAUGUUUUGGAUUGUGUGUUUUGAAUAUCUGGGACUCAAACUUCAGUUUCAUUGACAGAAGUGCUGAUGAAAUCGCUUAUAAACUACUGAAGCCUUCAGUUUCCACACAUUAUUGCACGACUUUGCUAAACGAUUACAAACAGCAAGAGAGAAGGCAUUAUCUAUUACUGAAUAGUAACUCAAGAGACAGUUCGAAUGUGAUCAAUAACUUUAAUGCUUUCAAAAACUGUCAGCAAUAUCCAGUAAUAUGGUUGUGUGGUGAAACUAAGUCCAUGAUAUCUAAUAUACUGAUAUUGAAUUCCGAAAACAAUACAGAAAACGACCAUUUGGCUGAUGCACGUUUUUAUACGCAUUAUAAAAAUAUCUUUCUAGCAGACCAGAAGAAAUACAAUUUUUUAUUUAAUAAAACGCAAGAUGGAAUUCGUAUUGAUGAAAGUAAUCAUCAAGCUCAGUCAGUCACGUUUAAAGGCCGUCGACUUUUGUCCCAUCUUUACUACGAUGCGGAAGAUGAAGAAUCAAAAUCUGCUACGCAGUCCCACACCAAAACCGGGAAUCACGACGAGAAGUCAAAGAACAACGAGCUCGAAACGGAAGACGACUACGGUGACGACUUAUACGACGACGACGAUAAUGCAGAGGAAGAAGAGGAAAACCAAGAGGAUGUUCUCUACGAGGAGGAACCGGUUCCUGUCCGAGCCGUAGCCGCAAAGCAUCGCGACAGACUCAGUCGACGUCGUCGGCGCGUGACUAGGACCGGUUACAGAGAACCUCUGCAACGAGCUUGGCUCAGAAGGAGAAGAAGAAAAAGUCGAGGGUCUUACAGAAAAGCGCGCGAGGAUUGCGAGGAUUUGGGUACGACGCCGGUACCUUACUACCGCGAUUACGAUCCAGAGGAAGACAUUGAUCUUUCGUCCGCCGAAACCAGUGCACCGCUGCUCACACUCGUAUGCUCGCUUGCUCUACUCACACUGCUAGAUUUUAUUUAUUGACUAGUCUUUACGUCUGCUUUUAUAAGAGUAAGGUAAUAAACUCCUCUACAUUUAUUAUGCA